AUGGCUUCCACCACCACCACCACCACGGCGGCGAUGAUAUCAGCUCUCCUCCUCCUCGCCACUGCAGCCACCUUCACGGAAGCACAGGGCGGCGGCAGCAACGCGCCCUCGUGCGCCUCGAAGCUGAUCCCCUGCGCAAGCUACAUCAGCAACACCUCCGUGACCCCGCCGGCGAGCUGCUGCGAUCCGAUCAAGGAAGCCGUGCGGACGGAGCUGCCUUGCCUCUGCAACCUCUACAACACUCCCGGCCUCCUCGCUUCCUUCGGGAUCAAUGUCACCCAGGCCGUAGCUCUCACCACGCGCUGUGGCAUCAGCGCCGAUACCAGCUCUUGCAGCAGAGGUAAUUAA